AAUUGCCAAUUAUGGCUUUUCUGUUGUUCUUUGAUUAGAUGCUCACCAUUGUUGUGUAGUUUGAUAUGGUAUCAGAGCCUAGCUUGCUCUCGUCUCUUUCGAUUUGAAUUUUUCGUUCAUCUUCCUAGUUGAUUUUUUACCAUGACAGGUGCUGAAAAUAUUCCUUCAACAGAGGGAACUUCUACUGGUGGUGAUGCGAGCAGUGCUCUCUAUGUACAUCCCUCCGAUAUCCCUGGAAUGGUACUAGUUCCAGUUCAAUUCGAUGGCACAGGAUAUCGAUCCUGGAGAAGAGGAGUCAUGCGAGCUUUGUCAGUGAAGAACAAGCUCGGGUUCAUCGAAAACCAACUGCGAAUUCACUUCAGUCACGUCAAUGGCAACGAUGUGACGAUAUGGUAACUUCCUGAAUCUUAAAUUCCCUCGCUAAUGAGAUUUCAGAUAGUGUGGAAUAUGUUAAUUAUUCAGUGGAACUUUGGAAAGAACUUGAAGAUAGGUAUGAUCAGACUAAUGGAGCAAAGUUAUACCAGAUCCAGAAAGAAAUUAAUGAUCUCACACAAGGAAAUUUGGACAUCACUGUCUAUUACACUAGAAUCAAAAAGCUUUGGGAAGAAUUGAAUACUCUGAAUAUGAGAAAUCAGUGCUCUUGCACUUGCACUUGUAGAGCCAAGGAUGGGCUACACAGAGCAGAACAUGAUAGACGUUUGGUACAGUUUUUGAUGGAGAUGAAUGAGGCAUACACUGUGGUAAGAGGUAACAUUCUUAUGGUGAAUCCUUUUCCAUCCAUGGCGCAGGCUUUCUCUUUACUGAUCCAAGAGGAGAAACAGAGAGAAUUUAGACCUUCUAGUCGAGUUCCUAUGGAGUCGGCUUCUUUGAGUGUAAAUACUUCCAAUAGUAUUGGAAAGGGCCUAGCAGGAAGGAACUACAAGACAUCAUUCUCCAACAACAACUAUUCAGGAAGUAACAAUACCUCAGGAAAUAACAAUAACUAUGGAGGAUUCAAUUAUUACUCAGGCAGCAGUAGCAAUAGGAAUGCAAUGUUAUGUGAUUUCUGCAAAAAGACGGGACAUAUCAGGGAGAAAUGCUACAAGUUAAAUGGAUAUCCACAAGGACACAACAACCAGGCCAACAGGAACAAUGGAUUUCAUGCUAGACAUAACAACAAUCAUGAAUAUAAGGGAAAGAGAGUUGUGGCUAAUGUGCAUGGAUCUCCUGAUGACAUGAUGCCGGCUCAGGGAAAAGACUGUCCACAGGUUAAUCACAAUCAAAAUGCCAUACUUACUAAGGAUCAAUAUGCUCAUAUCAUGAAUCUCCUGCAGCAUUUUCGAGUCGAGGGAGAGGAUUUAACUAACUCGAACAUAGGUGCUGGUUCUGUGAACUUUGCAGGCCACUUCAGUGAAGAGGCCUCAGGUGCUUGGUAAUAGCAGAGAAGGGAAUUAUUUCCUUUGUUCAAGAUGUCUGAAGAACAAUGUUAAAUCCUCCAUCUGUUGUUGGGCGUCAAGUGGUUGAUAUUAUCCCUCCCAACUUUGUAUAGCUGAAAGUUGCCAAAUCGGUUGAAAGAAUUGAAAGGAAUGCUGGAAAUGCAAUAAAAAAGUUGUCAACUAAGAAAGACCGGAAGUCCAUGCGAGCCGGGCUUUUUGUCUGGGUCUUGGGCAGACGUACUCAACUGGUACAAAUAGAAAGGCUCGUCCAGUGAGUGAUGACCGUAGCUUGCGCGAAGGAAGAAACUAAUCAAUCAGAAUUGAGACAGGGAGGAGAGGCGAAAGAGAGAUUCUCCACGGAACUUUAUCAAUUCCAACGCAACUUAUCACAACAACAACCACAAUCCUUCUUUUUCUAGUCAGUAGUUAAGUUUCAAAUGAUAAGAACGUUUCUGCUGAAUGUUAUCCUUGCAAUAAAUGUACUGAUACUUUUGUAUGUUCUUCCACUUCUGAUAAUGAUCAAAAUGUGUUGAAAGACAAUAACUCUUACACUACUUCUACUAAACAUACUGUAGACUUGUUGUGGUACAAUAGACUUGGCCAUGUGCCUUUUGCAAAGAUGAGAAACAUACCUAUAAUUCCAACUAGUUUUUCUGCUAAACAACCCUUUUUGUGUACCAUUUGCCCCAUGGCAAGACAAGAAAGACUACCUUUUAGUCAAAGUACCACACAUUCUAAUACCAUUUUUGAACUCCUCCAUGUUGACCUCUGGGGUCCUUACCACAUACCCACACAUGACAAUUACAAAUAUUUCAUCACCAUGGUAGAUGACUAUAGUAGGUCUACUUGGACUCACUUAUUGAGCACCAAAAGUAAUGUCUUACAGGUUCUUAAAAACUUUGUAAGUAUGGCAGAAAAUCAGUUCCAAACCACAUUUAAAGGUGUCAGGACAGACAAUGGGCUGAAGUUUAAUAACACUGAAACACGUUUUUUUUUCAAACCAAAGGUAUAAUACAUCAAAGGAGUUGUCCCUAUACACCCCAGCAAAAUAGCAUAGUGGAAAGGAAGCAUAAGUACUUGUUG